AUGAUUGUUCCUUUGCACACACACAUAUAUAAACUGCCUAUGAUGAGGUAUUUCAGUAUAAGAGGAGGACGAGGGUAUUCUGGAAUAAUGAAUGGUAUUUACCUACCAAUUAGCAGAGUACAUGUCCGGACAUUUUCUCAGGCUCUGAUAAAGAAAGCGGAGGAGCCUAAAAAUGGUUCUAAAAAGGUUUCGGACAUUGUUAAGAUGAAAAAUGGCAUCUGGACAAUACCGAACAUCCUCACAAUAAGCAGGAUAGCAUGUGCGCCUUUUAUUGGCCAUUAUAUCAUAACACAAAAUUUCACCCCAGCCAUAUGUUUGUUUGUUUAUUCAUGCAUUACGGACUUUUUGGAUGGGUAUUUGGCUAGAUCAUAUAAAAUGCGGUCGGUUGCUGGAACUGUUUUGGAUCCUAUGGCCGAUAAAAUAUUAAUGAUGACUACAACUGCAGCUUUAUGCAUUCCAUCGGGUCCUCAAAUUAUUCCGUUGGGUGUAGCUGCCUUAAUAUUUGGCAGAGACUUCUUGUUGGGAUUAAGCGCUACUUAUUUUAGAUACGCAUCAAUGAAGCACACGUACGGGAAAGUUACUUGGAAUUCUUAUUGGGACAUAUUCCACUAUCCAAGCGCUGAGGUAAAACCAACAAGAAUAUCAAAAUGGAACACUUUUGUGCAGAUGAUAUAUGUGGGGAUGGGUGUUGUUCUGUUGAUAAUAAACAAUUCUGUGGACGAGGAUGACGAGAAACAAAUGGCAUUCAGAGAAAAAUUUCAAAAUGCCUUCACAUUAAUGGGAUACUUAGUUAGUGUAACAACUAUUUGGAGUGGAGCAUCGUAUAUACACAAUAAAGAUGCCUUCCGUUACUUGAACAAGGUAAAAUAG